GAACGUUCCUUUAUUUCUCUUUCUCUCUCUUUCUUCUUUUCUGUCUCUCUCUCUCUCUCUUUCUCUCUCUUUGGGGAGAGAGAUCAAUCAGCCACAGUUUCCCCCACACAAAAAAAUCAGAUAACCCAGAUAAAACAAAUUCCCAAAACACCAAUUAAAAUAUCUAGGGUUUCUGAAAAAAUAAUAAAUUCCCUCUUUCUCUUUCGUUUUUUGUUUUUUUAUCUCUCGUCUUUUCCUUCCCACCAAACACCCUUCCCGCUCCCCCAUUCUUUCGUUCCAAGAAAACAACGAUUCAACUGUUUCAGGAUUGGUUGCUGCUUGCUGAUUGGACUUUUUUUUUUUUUUUCAUUUUUUUGUUCCUAAUUUUAUCCGGAGCAAGUUAAUUUUCUGGAAAAAUUUGCGUCGUUGUCUCCUUCUUGUAGCCUUCGCAGCGCCUGCUAUUGAUUUGUCGACGGAAAUACCUUAAAGGUUUUUUUGCCUCAUUUGUUGAUCCGAUGGGUACUUGAUUGACAAGUGGGAGGCGAAGACCGAGGGGAUGUUGAAGUAAAUACCAAUUUUUUUCGGUUGAUGGGUAUUUUUGUAAGGUGAUUUGUUUUUGAAUUUGGAGAAACGUUGUUGGUGACUGUAAGUGGUUCAAGGGUUUUUAUGCAUUUUUGAUCUAUGGCUUCGGAAGUAGUUCCAUCUUCCAGGGAUUUAUUGAAAUGUUGCAAUUGUGGGUGUGGUUGCUCGACGUUAGCUCAAUCUUCGGGGGUUUGGAUUCGAUCUGUUAAACGAAAGCAUGAUGAGUUCAAAAUGGAUGGUCAACUGGCCAUGCCGGCGUUUGCAAAGGUCGAAAUUGAGAAUGAAUGUGUGGCCUUGCGUGAGAUGGUCAGUAUGCAGCAGAAAACCAUUCAAGAUUUGAAUGCUGAGUUGGAGGAGGAGAGAAAUUCUUCAUCAACUGCGGCUAAUGAGGCCAUGUCAAUGAUAUUGAGGCUGCAGAGGGAAAAGGCAGAGGUUCAAAUGGAGGCGCGCCAAUUCAAGCGAUUUUCGGAGGAGAAGAUGCAACAUGACCAGGAGGAACUUCUAUCUUUGGAAGAUUUAUUGUACAAGAGGGAACAGAUCAUUCAGUCACUUACUUGUGAAGUUCAGGCUUACAAGCACAGGUUGAUGAGUUUUGGUCUUACCGAGGAGGAGGCCGAGGGUGACCAAUAUGAACUUCCACCCUAUGAAUAUCCUCCUUUGAAAUGUAGUGUGGUGCAUGGUGCUACAGAUGCUGAUAUCGAUGACACGGAUAUAGAGAAAUAUGCUUUUGGUGAAACUCCAACUGUCCAAUUGAGGAGCUUGGAAAAUAGGAUUUCUCAAAUGGAGAAAACUCCCACUUAUACCCAGAUGGAUGGGGAUUUUACAGUGAAAAAUAGUCUAGAGAAAGUAAUUGUUGGACAGUCUCCAAGAAGGAAUAAGCAUUCUAGGAAACUUUCCUCUGACUCAACAUCAAUUGGUGGGAUGGUUAAAGAAACAGGACCCGAGUCUACCAUGGAUUCUCCCAAGCGCAAUAAUAACAAUAAGAGAGAUUAUUUCUCGAAGUCAGAGGAAGCUUCCAAGGUAGAUAAUGUAUCAGAAGGUGAUGAUACGAAUGACAGAAUUUAUACAAUUGACUCUGUUCAUAGUGGCGCACCAUAUAAUGGUUUCACAGAUUCUAAAGCUGAAACUAUUGAUUACGAAGAUUAUGCAACCACUCCAAUGGGGUCAGGGAAUCAUGCUACUGAAUUUGAGGAUCCCUACGUAAAGAAGCUUUACAUGAGGCUGCAGGCACUUGAGGCUGAUAGGGAAUCAAUGAGGCAGGCAAUCAUUUCAAUGCGCACGGAUAAAGCACAACUUGUGUUGCUGAAGGAAAUAGCUCAACAUCUGUGCAAAGAGAUGUCACCGCAAAGAAAAAUGGCAAAAAAACCUAGUUUUGCAGGCAACUCUGCAUUAUUUUCAAUUGUUAAGUGGGUUUCUUCAGUUGUUUUCUGGAGAAAGAGAGCUCAUCAAAGCAAGUAUAUGUUUGGUCUACCGCCUGAAAGUGUUGGCUUGCUGAUGCUCCUAGACAAGGGAACACGAGCAAGACCAUGGAGAUGCGUUUCAAGUACACAAGUGGGCGAUUAACCUUCCAAUUCUCUGGUCAAAUGUGGGAGCAUAAAUUGAAACUGAAUUUCAUUAACACUAGUACUACUACCACCAUGAUGAGAUUUUGCUUUUUCCCACAUGGAUCGUGAAAACCUGUGUAUUGUGCAGUGUUGUUUUAUUGUUUUUACGUGAGGUUGAGUGUAAUUUGAUGGUUGAUUGGUGAAACUUGGAUAUAUGAUGUGACAUACGACCAUUCUCGUUCGUAUGGUUUUGUUGGAUCCUUCAAUGCGAGGUUGUACAUAACAUAUUGCUGCAAGUUUUCUCAC